GUCAACCAUCAUUACACUAUCGAAAAUUUUAAAUUUAAUAAUGGUUUUAGGCACAAAGUUGCGAGCAGUUUGCUGAAUUAAAAUGUCUCGAUUAUUCCUGAUUUACGGCGAAUUGUGCGCGACGCAUCCAUGGGAAGUGAUCGUGGCCGUUUUAACUUUCACCGUAUGUUUUCUAACGAUGGACAAGCAACCUGCAAGUAAACCAUUCCUUUCGCCAACAGCAGGAUGCAGCAACUGCAACGAAGAUCACUUCAUAGCGGCCGAUGUGAUAGUAAUGACGAUAAUACGGUGUUUAGCGAUACUUUACAGCUAUCACCAAUUCAGAAAUCUACAAAAACUCGGCUCGAAAUACAUACUAGGCUUCGCUGGAAUGUUCGUGGUGUUUUCAAGCUUCGUAUUCAUCUCAGCCGUACUGAAUAUACUCCACAUAGAAUUGGUGGAUUUAAAAGACGCCCUGUUCUUUUUCCUGUUGCUCAUCGACCUGUCGAAAGCUGCCAAACUAGCGCAAUACGCUUUGCUGUCGUCUAAUCAAAUCCAAGUCCACCAGAACAUAGCGAGAGGAGUAGCUACGUUGGGACCGACUAUAACGUUAGAUACAAUCGUAGAGACUCUCGUGAUAGGCGUCGGAACGUUAUCGGGCGUACAACGAUUGGAAAUGUUGUCCUACUUCGCUUGUCUCUCCGUUCUAGUCAAUUACGUAAUACUACUAACGUUUUACCCGGCCUGUCUUUCGCUGAUGUUAAACCUAAGCAAAAUAACGGAUUGCUAUAAAGAAGAACAAGGCGAUGUCAACAACAUGCUGGUAGAAGAAAAGGACAAGUCCAAUCCUGCCGUGCAACGUGUGAAAAUGAUCAUGUCCAUCGGAUUGGCGCUCGUCCACAUCCACAGCCGUUGGACGAUGUCCGUGGAGGAGCUGAACGAAACCGGCAACAAGACCACGGUACGAUGCACCGAAACCAGCUCGGUGUACGGUUACCUAUUGAAACAGUUCGUUUUGAGCGCCGAUCACAUCGUGAUUUUAAUCCUGCUGAUCACUUUGAUCGUGAAAUUCGUGUAUUUCGAAAGCAAAGACGACUUCGACGGUGCAUCGAUCGUGCAAGAGAGGAGGAGAAGCGUCCAGAGGCAGAAGAGAACGUACUCGACCAGCGUGGAAAUACAAACGGACGAACAACCGGAUAACACUCCGGAACAAACGACUUACGAAGAACGCACCGACAGCAACAGAAACCUGCAGGAAUGCCUGCAAUUUCUACGAACCGACAGGGCCAACGAGCUCUCCGACGACGAAAUAAUCACGUUGGUCGACACCAAACACGUGCCCGCCUACAAUUUGGAGAAAUCGAUCGAUAACCCGCAGCGGGGCGUCAAAAUCCGAAGGAAAAUCCUCCAAAACGCCUUGAACAACCGACAUAUCCUCAACGAUUUACCGUACGAGAACUACGACUACACCAAAGUGAUGGGCGCUUGUUGCGAAAACGUCUUGGGCUACAUUCCCGUACCGAUCGGAGUAGCUGGGCCCCUUCGGCUCGACGACGAGCUCUACUACAUUCCCAUGGCCACCACCGAAGGUUGUUUAGUAGCCAGCACGAAUAGAGGUUGUAGGGCGAUCGAACGGAGCGGAAUCACCAGUAGAAUAAUCGCCGAUCGGAUGACGAGAGCGCCGGUGCUCCGAUUCGGCUCGAUCGUCAGGGCCACCGAAGCUAUAGCUUGGAUAAAAAAGAGCGGGAAUUUCGACAAAUUGAAAGUUUCGUUCGAUUCGACGAGCAGAUUCGCCAAGUUGCAGAACGUCUCCACUCACAUAGCCGGUCGAUACGUGUUUAUCAGGUUCAUAGCGGAGACCGGCGACGCGAUGGGGAUGAAUAUGAUCUCGAAAGGAACCGAAAACGCUUUGAAAACGAUGAAGGAAUCUUUUCCGGACAUGGAGGUGUUGAGUUUGAGCGGGAACGUUUGCACCGAUAAAAAACCGGCCGCCAUCAAUUGGAUCGAAGGCAGAGGGAAAUCAGUAGCGUGCGAAUGCGUUUUAUCUUCUAAAGUAGUUUCGACAGUAUUAAAAACCACAACGGCUGCUUUAGUCGAUUUGAACAUAUCCAAGAACUUCAUUGGUUCCGCCGUAGCGGGAAGCAUAGGCGGUUUUAACGCUCAAGCUGCCAACAUAGUCACCGCCAUAUUCAUAGCUACAGGUCAGGACGCGGCCCAGAACAUAUCGAGCAGCAAUUGCCUGACCAUCAUGGAGCCGUGGGGCGAAACCGGCGAGGACUUGUACAUAUCCUGCACGAUGCCCUCGAUAGAAAUAGGCACCAUCGGCGGGGGUACGGUGCUCCCCGCGCAGGCGGCCUGUCUCAAAAUGCUCGGCGUGCAAGGGCCGAACGCGCGGAAUCCCGGCGAGAACGCCAAGAAAUUGGCGACGAUCGUUUGCGGGGCCGUCUUGGCCGGGGAGCUGUCUCUGAUGGCCGCCUUGGCUGCCGGCCAUUUGGUCAGGAGCCAUUUGAGAUAUAAUCGAUCGUACUCGAGUAGUUUCGAUUCGAGCAUUACGUGUUGCGGUUCGAGGAAUGAUUAGAUGUG